AUGUCAGCAUUCUCCGUGUCCUUGGGAUCCGUGGAAGUACCACACAAUGGCACGGCGUUUAUCAUGCUGGGGCUCUCACAGACUACAGCGGUGCAGAGAGUUCUCUUCGUGGUCUUUUUGAUCAUCUAUGUGGUGACAGUUUGUGGCAACAUGGGUAUUGUCAUCACCAUCGCCUCCAGUCCCAUCCUGGCCUCCCCCAUGUAUUUCUUCCUGGCCAAUCUGUCCUUUAUUGACACUUACUAUUCUUCUUCCAUGACCCCUAAACUCAUUGCUGACUCCUUGUAUGAAGUGAGAGCCAUCUCCUACGAGGGCUGCAUGAUUCAGCUCUUUGGGGCCCAUUUUUGGGGAGGCGUGGAGAUCAUCCUGCUCACAAUCAUGGCCUAUGACCGCUAUGUGGCCAUCUGUAAGCCCCUGCACUACACAACAACCAUGACCAGACAGCUCUGUGCCUUGCUUGUUGGGGUGGCCUGGUUCGGGGGCUUUCUGCAUUCAUUGAUUCAGCUCCUCCUUGUUCUUCAAUUGCCCUUCUGUGGGUCCAAUGUGAUCAAUCACUUUGUCUGUGAUUUGUACCCUUUGCUGGAACUCGCCUGCACCAACACAUAUGUCAUUGGCCUGCUGGUGAUUGCCAACAGUGGUGUGAUCUGCCUGCUGAACUUCUUGAUGUUGGCUGCCUCCUACAUUGCCAUCCUGCGCUCCCUGAGGUCCCACAGUGCAGAGGGUAGACGCAAAGCCCUCUCUACCUGUGGGGCCCACUUCACUGUUGUCACCUUGUUCUUUGUACCUUGCAUUUUUACUUAUAUGCGCCCAUCUUCUACUCUCCCUAUAGACAAACACAUGGCAGUAUUUUAUGGUAUUCUGACACCUAUGUUGAACCCACUCAUUUAUACUCUGAGAAAUGAAGAGGUAAAAAAUGCUAUGAGGAAGCUCUUCAUGCAACAAGAAGGUAAAGAUGUGCCGUGA